AUGGUCCUCAAGUUAGAGACUCUACCACGACCACUGCGCUCCGCGAGCGCUCCGCAAAUGAGAGCUUCUCCGAAGCUUGGGUCCUACAGGCUCCCUCAGAUCCGCGCUUCGCGUUUUCUGGUUUGCGAGGAUGCUUGCAAAGGAAGAGCUAAAGGCUGCGAAACCCCUUUGAGGACCCGGCCUGGCGCGGAGCGCUUACAAGAUCGCCACGACGCGAGCAGCAAUGGGAACCCGCGCCUGCCUCACCUCUCCUCCGCCGGGCAGCAUCUCUACAGCCCCGCGCCGCCCCUCUCCCAUGCUGGAGUCGCCGAAUACCAGCCACCACCCUACUUUCCGCCUCCCUACCAGCAGCUGGCUUACUCGCAGGCAGCCGACCCCUACUCGCAUCUGGGAGAAGCGUACGCCGCCGCCAUCAACCCCCUGCACCAGCCGGCGCCCACCGGCAGCCAGCAGCAGGCCUGGCCGGGCCGCCAGAGCCAGGAGGGGGCUGGGCUGCCCUCGCACCACGCGCGCCCGGCCGGCUUGUUGCCCCACCUCUCCGGGCUGGACGGCGGCGCCGUGAGUGCCCGCAGGGACGCCUACCGCCGCUCGGACCUGCUGCUGCCCCACUCGCACGCUCUGGACGCCGCGGGCCUGGCCGAGAACCUGGGGCUCCACGACAUGGCGCACCAGAUGGAGGAGGUGCAGAAUGUCGACGACCAGCACCUACUUCUGCAUGAUCAGACGGUUAUUCGCAAAGGUCCUAUUUCAAUGACGAAGAACCCCUUGAGUCUCCCUUGUCAGAAGGAGCUGGUGGAGGCUGUGAUGAAUCCCAGCGAGGUCUUCUGCUCGGUCCCUGGAAGAUUGUCCCUCCUCAGCUCUACAUCUAAAUACAAAGUGACAGUUGCCGAAGUCCAGAGGCGACUGUCCCCGCCUGAGUGCUUAAAUGCUUCAUUACUGGGAGGUGUCCUCAGAAGAGCCAAAUCUAAAAAUGGUGGCCGAUCCUUGCGGGAGAAGUUGGACAAGAUUGGGUUGAAUCUUCCAGCGGGGAGACGGAAAGCUGCCCACGUCACCCUCCUGACAUCUUUAGUAGAAGGUGAGGCUGUCCAUUUGGCUCGGGACUUUGCCUAUGUCUGUGAAGCAGAAUUUCCUAGUAAAUCCGUGGCCGAGUAUUUAACCAGACCUCAUCUCGGAGGACGCAAUGAGAUGGCAACUAGGAAGAAUAUGCUGCUGGCGGCACAGCAAGUGUGUAAAGAAUUCACAGACCUUCUCAAUCAAGACCGAACUCCCAAUGGGAACAACCGGCCCACUCCGGUCCUGGAGACCAGCAUUCAGAACUGCUUGUCUCAUUUCAGCCUGAUUACCCACGGGUUUGGCAGCCAGGCCAUCUGUGCUGCUGUGUCUGCCAUGCAGAACUACAUAAAAGAAGCCCUGAUGGUCAUAGACAAAUCCUACAUGAACCCCGGAGACCAGAGUCCAGCCGAUUCUAGCAAAACCCUGGAAAAGAUGGAGAAGCACAGGAAGUAAA